AACAGUCAUACUAUCGGAUCACAAACAGGAUAAGCCAGGGCCAGAUCUAUAUUAUCAACUGUCUUGUUCAGAAGGGUUCUCGUCCCAUGUGUCUGAGCAGAUGAAAGAUCCAAAAUGGUUGCCUCAUAUUUCUGUUGAACUAGUGCAUCCAAUUAUAAGAAAGCUUUUCAUUUUCUGUAAGAUUGUGAAAUUCCACUUCGUUCAAAAUUUGAGAUCCAUUUUGAUGAUGCAGAUUGAAAUCUGCGGUGACAGGACCAAAGUAAAUCUGAUUAUCCUUUUUCAUUUCCAGUACUGAUUUUUUUCUCUUCGUUUAGUUUUUCAUCUAGAAGCAAGUGGUUCUGUGUUUGUGUUCCCGCAGAAAUAGUCCUACUCGAGUUUUUGACUCAUCAUUGUUUUUUUCCAUUGAUUAAACCCUGCGAGACCACGGUUUCUCAGUUCAUUCUUCCAAUUCAUUGAUUUCAGAGUGACUUCUGAUUCUAUUGAAGUCUUGUUUGGUUUGAAAAUGGUUGUCAAGUCGCUGGAGACGUAUCUUGAGGAGGUUGGUGCUGUGCAGCUAUGCGCAGUGAGGGGGAAAGCGUUUCUGGUGCCGUAUGUGGUUCCAUACAAAUAUGGGAAUCUGGUGCGCCUGACGCGCGAGCAAGCUUCGCUGCCGCUUCUCGUGAACGCGCGUGAACGUCUGAAACAUUCGCGCGUGGCUGGGAUUGCGACCGUGCAAGCGCAGACCUUCAGCCGCACAUACCUGAAAAAUCCGGGGGCGAUUCUCUCUAUGUUCGAUACCGAGAGCAAAACGUUUCCUGUCCCCCCUCUUGGCGGGGCCAACAAAGAGAGUGCGAUGGCGGACAACGGGGAGGGCGAGCCCUUGCUCGUGGGAGAACCUGUGCGGCUCGUCGAGCAGCCGUCUCGGCGGGUGAAGCUAAUCACGCAAACAGGUGAAGGCGUGACACUCUCUCUGUCGGGAGGCAUUGUUAUGGGAGAUGCGGAGCACCUCAACGAUGUGACCGGUGAACUGUCAUUACGUGCGAUUCAGACGUGCAUGUGCUGCUUCGGUUUAUGGUCGCGCGACAGGCUGAGCAUGGUCGAGAAAGCAUACGCGGAUGGUGGGGAGCCAGCUGUGUUCGCGGCCGUGGCCGAGGUGAAAACCGACGAAGAGCGGGUCUCUUUGUUACUGCACCACUUCGAUCGUAUGCAGAAGAAAGCAGCAAAGGCCGCCCUUAAAUUCUACACCACAGUUGACGACCCCUAUGCACCGAAGCUAUACACCAAGGGAAUGGGCGUGCCUUUUAACUCAACGCAGUGCGACUACCUCUACGCUUGCGGAGAGCUGGCUCCACUACAAAAUGCGGACAUUCUGGACGUGUGCGUGGCCGCGGGUCUCCUUCCACGUGGCACAAAAUUGCCCAACCCCCAAGGGAUCGCUGCCGACGACUUGGAUGACCUCUACAGGCAAUAGUGGUUGACCUUCUUCGGUCAGCGGCCUUUUCGUCCAGUGGAAUGAUAGACGAGUUUGACAUGUCAUUCAUUGAAAAAGAAAAACUACUAGAGUGAAAAUGUAUGAUUCGAAUUCGUUACUUGCUUUCCAACCUGUGCCAACAACCACUAUGAUUUUUAUUGUAAUUUGUUGCUUCUAUCUACUAAUUUUCCCCUGCCUACGACAUCAGUAAAUUUCAAGAGUUCUAUUUGUAAUUUAAUGCUUGGUCUUAGUUUUAGCCAUCUAAGAUACAAGGAUGAUGAUGAUGAUGAUGAUGAUGAUGAUGAUUUUACUAAUUUCCGCCCAAAAGUCAAAAGAUCUCGCAGAGGAAUGAUACCUGAUGCUAUUUGAGCAGUUCGAAUAUUGAAUACCGUUUUCAGAAGGAGCUUUCGCGGUCAUGGUGAUAAAU